GAGCUGGGAAAACAACUCUUCUAAAUUACAUACUGACAGAACAGCAUAAUAAAAGAAUAGCAGUUAUUCUGAAUGAGUUUGGAGAAGGGAGUGCCUUGGAGAAAUCGCUGGCAAUCAGUCAAGGGGGAGAACUCUAUGAAGAAUGGCUGGAGCUCAGAAAUGGCUGCCUGUGCUGUUCAGUAAAGGACAAUGGUGUGAAGGCUAUUGAGAACCUGAUGCAAAGGAGGGGAAAAUUUGACUAUAUAUUGUUAGAAACAACUGGUUUGGCAGAUCCAGGAGCUGUGGCCUCCAUGUUCUGGGUCGAUUCUGAGCUGGGAAGUGACAUCUAUCUUGAUGGUAUUAUAUCUGUUGUUGAUGCAAAGCAUGGACUGCAGCACUUGACAGAGGAAAAGCCAGAAGGCCUUGUCAAUGAAGCAUCUCGGCAGGUUGCAUUAGCUGAUCUUAUCAUCAUCAAUAAAACAGAUUUGGUUUCAGGGGAGGAAUUGAAUAAAGUCAGAACAUCUGUCAGGUCAAUAAACGGACUUGUUAAAAUUCUAGAGACACAAAGAUCAAGAGUUGAUCUCUCCAAUGUGUUGGACCUGCAUGCUUUUGACAGUUUAUCUGGAAUAAGUUUGCAGAAGAAGCUUGAGCAUGUAAAGGCCACACAUGCACAUCUAGAUAAGGUAAUUCUCAACAAUACUGCUUAA